ACACCAUAGUGUUAUAUAAAAUUUUAUUUUCAAUUAUUUUUUAUAUUUCGAUAAAUGAAUUGUUAAAAUGUAACAACAUAUGUGACUUUCUAGUUACUUUCUUUAUUGAUAUGUCCACCCUAAACCUUAUAUUUUCAUAGAUGGAUAAUGAAAAUAUCGAAGAUGCGAAUCUCGAAGAUAGAACAAAUGUCAUAUAUGAUUCAGAAUUUUAAGUAGGUCAAAUCACUUCUACUGACCUAUAUCAUCCUGAACCAAUACAAAUACCAACUCGUGUCAGGGAAGAGUUAGAAAAUAGACAACAUAUUUGUGUCACAUCUCUUUGUUGUGUUGCAGUGCAUCAGUUGUAUCUUUUGGAAUUAAUAUCACAACAUAGGCCUAGGCAAAUUAAUGACGACAACUUAGAAAGAGAACUUAGGCGUACUCAAUUAAUGACACAGUUACUGGAGUCUGAAAAGUGUCGAGAUGUCAUACGUAUGGGCCCUGAAACAUUUAGGCAGUUGUGUCAGAAAUUAAGAGGAACUGGUAGAGUAAAAGAUUCAACUCGUCCUAUGGUUGAAGAGCAAGUCGCUAAAUUCCUACAUAUUAUAGGGCAUAAUGUGAAAACUAGAACCAUGUCUUUCUUCUUCCACCGGUCAGGAGAGAAAAUUAGUCGUCACUUUCACAAUGCCUACAUGCUAUUCUAUCGUUAGAGAGAGACUUCUUCAGGCAACUAUCUGGUGAGGAAGUUCCUUAUGAAAUAUUUAAUAAUAGUCGAUUCUAUCCGUUUUUUAAGGUACUAACUCUUUUGAUUUACUUACUCACAUUUAUGUAAUUGUCAAUGAAAUAAUUAUAAUACUGUUAUGUUAAUAAGUCAAUAUACUUUCCCAAAAAAAGAUUGCAUUGGAGCCAUAGAUGGAACUCAUAGUCGUGUGAAAGUACCAAGGGUGGACGCCCCUCGUUUUUGCGGACGAAAAGAUCACCCAACACAAAAUGUUUUAGCGGCCUGUGGUUUUGAUAUGAAAUUCACUUAUGUGUUGUCCGGUUGGGAAGGAACUGCCUCUGACUCAAGAAUAUUGAAAGAUGCUUUAAAUAGGGAAUAUCCACUUCGAAUUCCCGAAGGAAAAUUUUAUCUAGGCGAUGCUGGAUUCAUGCUGAAGCCUGGGAUACUUACACCAUAUAGAGGUGUUCGGUAUCACCUGAAAGAGUAUUCACUACGUGAGUCACAAAAUCCUAAAGAACUAUUCAACCACCGGCAUUCUUCAUUAAGAAAUGUCAUUGAAAGAUGUUUUGGAGUUCUAAAGAAAAGAUUCCCAAUUAUAGCUGGCGGCACUGAACCAUAUUAUUCAUUUGAAACUAUGAGAGAUAUUUUUUGGCAUGUUGUAUACUGCAUAACUUUUUGAUGGGUGUUGAUGUUGAACAAUCUAUAAUUGAUGAGGUUGAUAGAGAAUUGCUACAAGAACGCAAUAUAGAUAGAUCACAACCAAUUCAACAACGUGAUAAGGAAUAUAGGCAUGCAGCAUUAUUACGAGAUAACAUUGCAGUUGAAAUGUGGAAUGUGUAUCAAACAUUAUGAGUGAUUAUACAUUUAAUAUAUUUGAAUAUGUAUAUAUAUGUGUA